AUGUUUCGGCAGUCCUACCGCAUUAGAGCAGGGGGUGAAGGAGGUGGUGGUGGUGGUGGCGGCGGCAAGAGUUUCAGCACAUUCUCUGCCACCACCCCAAGUGCUAAUCGAGCUGCUUUCAGCUCAAUAUCUCUUGCUCGAGCAGGUGGUGGUGGCAGCUUGGGAAGGAUCAGUAUUGGUACUGGUGGUGGAGGUGGUUUUGCCAGUAGGAGUCUUUACAAUCUUGGUGGCACUAGGAAAAUUUCCAUCGGCAAAGGUAGCAGCUUGCGCAGUGGAUUUGGUUUUGGUAGUGGAUCUGGUAGUGGUUUUGGUUUGGGUGGUGGUCCUGGGGGUGGCAUCCAAGAAGUGACCAUUAACCAGAGCCUCCUAGCACCUCUGAACUUGGAAAUUGAUCCACACAUCCAACAGGUGCGAAAAGAGGAGAAGGAACAGAUCAAGUCACUCAACAAUAAAUUUGCCUCUUUCAUUGACAAGGUCCGUUUUCUGGAACAGCAGAACAAAGUUCUGGAAACCAAGUGGACCCUCUUGCAGGAUCAAGGCUUGAAAUCUGGUGCCAGCAAGAUCAACCUUGACCCACUCUUUGAGGCCUACAUUAACAACCUAAGGAAGCAGCUAAGUAGCCUCAUCAAUGAGAGGGGGAGACUGGAUGGAGAACUGAAGAACAUGCAGGAGCUUGUUGAAGACUUUAAAGGGAAAUAUCAAGACGAAAUCAACCGCCGCACAUCUUCAGAGAAUGAAUUUGUCAUGCUCAAGAAGGAUGUGGAUGCCGUCUAUAUGAACAAAGUGGAGUUGGAGGCAAAGGUGGACUCCCUGACAGAUGAACUCAACUUCCUAAGGGCCCUCUAUGAUGCGGAGCUUGGUCAGUUGCAGACCCAGAUGUCUGACACUGCUGUCAUCCUCUCAAUGGAUAAUAACCGAGACCUGGACCUGAAUAGCAUCAUUGCUGAGGUGAAAGUCCAGUAUGAGGAAAUUGCCAACAGGAGCCGAGCUGAAGCUGAAUCAUGGUACCAAACCAAGUGUGCCAGUCUGCAGACUGCCAUUACAGAUGCUGAGGAGCGUGGGGAACUGGCUGUCAAAGAUGCCAAAGCCAAGCUCCUUGAGUUGGAGGAUGCGCUGCAGAAAGCCAAGGAAGAGAUGACUCGCUUGUUGCGGGAGUACCAGGAACUGAUGAAUGUCAAACUGGCCCUUGAUAUUGAGAUUGCCACAUACAGAAAGCUGCUGGAAGGAGAAGAGAGCAGGCUUAGUGGAGAGGGUGUCAGUCCAGUGAGCAUCUCUGUUGUCAGUUCCAGUGCUGGAGGUGUCGGCAGUGGUGGAGCUGGCCUAGGAGGAGGUUAUGGCAGUCUUGGAGGAGGGGGAGGGUUUGGUGGUCUUGGUGGAGGAGGGUUUGGCCUUGGAAGUGGCUUGAGUUUUGGAGGUGGUGGUGGAAUUGGAAGCAGUAGCUUUGGAAGUGCCCUUGGCCUUGGAAGUGGUUACGGUGGUGGAGGUGGUAGUGGGUUAAGCUUUGGAGGAAGCAAUUUCAGUUCUGGGAGUGGAAAAGGCUUUGGGACAGGAAGCUCCUCUGGUCUGAAAAUUAUCUCCAAAACGUCCAUCACCCAAAAGACUGUCAGAAACUAA